CGGACUGCAGUUCCCGGCGUGCCCCGCGGCGGGCGGCUGGGCCGGAGCCGGAGCCCGAGCCCGAGCGGCGCGGCCUGGAAGAGGCCGGAGCCGGGGGGAGGCGGCGGCGGCGGCAGCGGGGGCGGCCCGGGCAGCCCGAGCCCCGCGGCCUGAGCCUGCGCUCGGCGCCAUGAGCGGCGGCGCGCCUUCGGGGGGCGUCCCUGGGGGCUCGGGCCGGGCGCGGACGAGCUCGUUUGCGGAGCCAGGCGGCGGAGGCGGCGGCGGUGGCGGCGGCCCCGGGGGCUCGGCCUCCGGCCCGGGCGGCGGCAGCGGCGGGAAGGCGUCGGUCGGAGCCAUGGGCGGGGGCGUGGGGGCUUCGAGCUCCGGUGGCGGCCCCAGCGGCAGCGGCGGAGGCAGCAGUGGCGGCCCUGGCGCGGGGACCAGCUUCCCGCCGCCCGGAGUCAAGCUGGGCCGUGACAGCGGGAAGGUGACCACAGUGGUCGCCACCCUAGGCCAAGGCCCCGAGCGCUCCCAGGAGGUGGCUUACACAGACAUCAAAGUGAUUGGCAAUGGCUCAUUUGGGGUCGUGUACCAGGCACGGCUGGCAGACACCAGGGAGCUGGUGGCUAUCAAGAAGGUUCUCCAGGACAAGAGGUUCAAGAAUCGAGAGCUGCAGAUUAUGCGUAAGCUGGACCACUGCAAUAUCGUGAGGCUGAGAUACUUUUUCUACUCCAGUGGGGAAAAGAAAGAUGAGCUUUACCUAAACCUGGUGCUGGAAUACGUGCCUGAGACGGUGUACCGGGUGGCCCGCCAUUUCACCAAGGCCAAGCUGACCAUCCCUAUCAUCUAUGUCAAGGUGUACAUGUACCAGCUUUUUCGUAGCUUGGCCUACAUCCACUCCCAGGGUGUGUGUCACCGUGACAUCAAGCCCCAGAACCUGCUGGUGGACCCCGACACAGCAGUCCUCAAGCUCUGCGACUUUGGCAGUGCAAAGCAGUUGGUGCGGGGGGAGCCCAAUGUCUCCUACAUCUGCUCUCGCUACUACCGGGCCCCGGAGCUGAUCUUUGGAGCCACAGAUUACACCUCAUCCAUUGAUGUGUGGUCAGCCGGUUGCGUCCUGGCUGAGCUCCUUCUGGGCCAGCCCAUCUUCCCAGGGGACAGUGGGGUUGACCAGCUAGUGGAGAUUAUCAAGGUGCUGGGAACACCAACCCGGGAACAGAUCCGAGAGAUGAACCCCAACUACACGGAGUUCAAGUUCCCCCAGAUUAAAGCUCACCCCUGGACAAAGGUGUUCAAGGCUCGAACACCACCUGAGGCCAUUGCCCUCUGCUCAAGCCUGCUGGAGUACACACCGUCCUCCAGGCUCUCCCCACUGGAAGCCUGUGCCCACAGCUUCUUUGAUGAACUUCGAAGUCCUGGAACCCAGCUCCCCAACAGCCGCCCGCUGCCCGCCCUCUUCAACUUCAGUCCUGGUGAACUCUCCAUCCAACCAUCUCUCAAUGCCAUUCUUGUCCCUCCUCACUUGCGGUCCCCGGCGGGCUCUGCUUCCCUCACACCACCCUCACAAGCUUUAAGUGAGACUCAGACCGGCUCCGAAUGGCAGUCGCCCGAUGCCACAACUUCCCUCACUAACUCUUCCUGAGGACCCUGCCAGCUACCCUUCCAUCUGGGAGCCCUAAGUGGAGCUGGGAAGUGGGGGCCACAGGCCAUGAAGCUCUUGCCCUGGCUGGGCCCCUAGACUAGAGAGGGCAGAGGUAAAAUGAGUCCCUGUCCCCACCUCCAGUCCCUCCCUCACCAGCCUCACCUCUAUGGUGGGCUUUUUAAGAGGAUUUUAACUGGUCGUGGGGAGGGAGAGAGAAGGAAGGAAAGGGGGUUGGAGACAAGAAUACCUCCUGCCCCCAUGGCCCCUCCCCACCCCACCCCUAGGCCUCCACUGUCUCCAGGCCCACCCACCCCUUCCCUUUCCAUGUCCCUUGUAAAUAGAACCAGACCAACCCUUGUCCUCUUCCCUUCCCUGGUCCCCGGGUGUAAAUAGAUUGUUAUAAUUUUUUUCUUAAAGAAAACGUCAAUCUCACCGUCUGACCUGGCCCCUCCCCCUCUCCCAGCUGUGUCCCCUCACCUGUCCUGCCCUAAAGGUUUUUUCCCUCCUCCCUCCCACCAUCCUGGAGGGCUGGGGAAGUGAGGGAGCUCCUGAUGUCUUAGUUUCCACAGUAAGGUUUGCCUGUGUACAGACCUCCGUUCAAUAAAUUAUUGGCAUGAAAACCUG